GGACAGAUGGCGCUGAGUUUAAAAAAGAAAAUUUAAUGAAAGAUACAAGAAGAAAUAGAAAAUUUUAUUCAGAGGGGUUUUAUUUAUUUAUAUAAACUCAUAAAAAGCCAAAAAAGUUCACUGUAACUUGAGGUUGUCUUUCAGUAGUAUUAAUUUGAGGUCCAUUAUAGAUUUUUAAGCAAACUAUAUCGAAUAUGUCUUGCAACUAUGCAGAGGGUCUUUCGCCAUAUCAAAAUAAAGGAAUUUUGGGUAUUCCAGAGAAUUUCGACGAUGAGGAAACACUUACAGAAAAAUGUGAAGAAUUGGCUAAGAUGAUACUAUCAUCUGAUCGAGUGGUAGUGCAUACAGGUGCAGGUAUUUCCACAGCUGCUGGCAUCCCAGAUUUCCGAGGCCCGAAAGGUGUUUGGACACUGGAACAACAAGGUCUGAAACCUAGUAUUAAUGUUUCCUUUGAAGAUGCUGUACCCACAAAGACCCAUAUGGCUUUGAAGGCUUUGGUGGAGGCCGGACAUGUACAGUAUAUUGUCAGUCAAAAUAUCGAUGGUUUACAUUUACGCUCUGGGCUUUCUCGGAAAUUCCUAGCGGAGCUCCAUGGUAAUAUGUUUGUCGAAGAAUGCAGUAAGUGCCAUCGACAAUUUGUGAGACAGUCCCCAGCGCCUACUGUUGGUCGCAAGGAAACCGGAAAUAUUUGCAAAGGUGGCUGGAAUUCGCGAUCGUGCCGUGGCGGUCGUAUGAUGGAUACCAUUUUAGAUUGGGAGGAUGGAUUACCAGAGAAAGAUCUUGACUUGUCCUACAUGCAAGCAUCACUCGCUGAUCUUAACAUAUGCCUUGGAACUACGCUACAGAUAGUUCCUAGUGGGAAUUUACCUAUUAAAAACAAAAGAUAUGGAGGGAAAUUCGUAAUCUGCAAUCUUCAGCCAACAAAACAUGAUAAAAAAGCAGACUUAAUUAUAUCUGCAUACGUCGAUGAAAUCCUGAUCAAAAUCAUAAAAAAAUUGGGAGUAGAACUGCCACAAUAUUCAGAAGAAACUGAUCCCACAAAACAACCACAAUCUUACAUUGAAUGGACUAUUUCAAGUACGGACUUUAAGGAUCUUGAAAAAAUUUACAAUGCCAAAUUAAAGGAGAGACGUGAAUUCAACAAGAAACGAUCCUACAACACAUUUGAAGAAUUUUCUGAGAAAAAGACCAAAAUAUUGGUUAAAGAAGAAAAUAUAGUAGAUUCCUGAAUAUCAA